GAGGCUGCCGUUGAAGAAGAGUUGAAAAAGACAAGAGAGGAAUUGGAGCGCGCUCAGGAAAAAUCGGAAGAAUUGGAGCGGGAAUUGUCGGCGGUGCGAACGCAGCUGACGGAGGCCCAAGCAAGUCUCGCCAGUCAAAGAGUGGAUAUGGGUGAAACACAGGACAGGAUCAAUCGCAUGGAAGAGGAACUUUUUGCCGCUCGAUCCGAACUUGACAACGCCCGUUUUGGUCUGCAAGAAACAACUGCAGUGAAAAAGGAGCUGGAACACCUGAAAGAAGAGGUACAGCAUCUUGAGUACAUAACGGCAUUUGAAGAGAAGAUCACCUGUCUGGAGAAAGAGUUGCAAGAGGCCAAAGUAAAGAUGGAGCAAGACAAAGCGGAGAAGAAGAAGCUAAAAGCGGCGCUGAAGCAGAUACGUGACCGAGAGAAAUCUCGAAGCGAACUAUCCGAAGUGCAGCAACAAUCGGUGACUGAGGUCCGACAAAGUGUAGUCCUUCUUGAACCUCUUCAAACUGCUGCAACCCCAGAGUCACCUUCAAGUGAGAAGUCACAGCAACAAGCAGAUGUCGAUCUAGACCAUCUGAAAAUGGCACUUAAAGAGCUGGAACUUGAGAAUCGUCUCUCCCGAGAGCUGAACACGGAAUACAGCCACACAAUGCUCGAAAUGGAAAAGGAGGUGCUGGGCUUGAAGGCUCAAAUUACCUCGUUACACGGAGAAUCCGAGCAUUUCGAGAUGGAGCUGAAGCUGCACGAGAUGCUUGAAGCGGAGUUGGAGAAGGAGCUAUCGGAUGCCAGAAUGAAAAAUCAAGUACGAGCUCACAGAAGCCAUGCAAAAUCACGAAGAGUCCCUGGAGAUGCUCAGCGGAAGAGUGUCCAGUGA